AUGGCAUCUUCGACGACUGCGGCUCUCAGCCAGCUCAAUGCAACCACUUGGGGCAUCUACACCAGAACGAUCGUCCGAAGCCCAGUCAUCCGGUGGAUCCUACACGCACAGAUUCGAGACGCGAGAUCAAAUGACGCUGUGUUUGUUGGAGAAGACUAUUUGGAGGUCAAAGAGGUCGGGAAUAACGGUCAUCUGCAACAUAUCGCAGUCAAAUCGGACUUUGACGCUCGCAUCAUCGCCGCCGCGGUAUUCAACACAAACGAUGACGACGAUGAGGCCAACUUUCUGGCGCAGAUCAAGCAGGAAAUCAGCCAGGAUGGCAUGAACACCAGCCUGGGACCUCCUCAGUUGGUAGUGUUGACAUUGGACUCGGGCAACCUCGUCUUCGUAGCUUUGCGACCUGAUGAGGACGGUGCAUGGCGCUUUGCGCAGUGCAUCGUACCAUUGCCUCAGUACGAGCGUAGACUCUUCCAACCAGGCCAACACUUGGCAAUCGAUCCCUCGUCUCGAGCCAUAGCUGUCGCUGCAAGGGAGAGCCAGAUCGUGCUUUACGGUACAAAGUCUAUGGAACAACUCAGAUAUGAGCUCAAAAAUCAACCAUCAGACUUCUGCCCCAUAUCCUCGACACGACCAUUCAAGAUCGAGGGCGUCAUUCAACAUGUGGAAUUUCUACAGCCACCAUCCACCAGUUCAGACCAUGUCAUACUUCUCUUGAUCAUAAUCUGCCAAGGCCGGACGAAAGCUGCAGUGGUGGAUUGGAAUCAAUCACUGGGCCCGCGACAGGCUCAGCUCCACCCAUUCCAGGUGAUCGAUGAGUCUGAGGGCAUCCCAAGUCUGCUGAUCCCGCUCCGAGAUGCUGCAUUCUUUCUUGUCACGAACGACAAGAUUACACUCUACAAAGACAUAUUGUCUGGAUCUGUCACGUCUGCGAAAUGGGCAUUGCCCCAAGACCCUGCACAGCAUCCCGGUCUUUCCUCGUACUCGCCAAUCUGGGCCAACUGGGUGAAGCCUCGUCGAAGCAAAGCGGCGUUACAAGACAAGGAUGGCAUGUACCUUGCGAGAGAAGAUGGCUUGGUGAUCUGGAUUGAUAUCAAGGUCGGCUCAAAAUCAACAUUCAACAUGAGUCGCGCGGGUGACCUGGAAUGCCAUGUUGGAACCGCCUUUGCGUCAAUUGGAGAUGAAGGUGGGCCAGACAUCCUGGCCAUUGCGGGCGAAACGUCGACAGGGAGGACAGUCCAAAUUGGUCCAUUCUUCACCACCCGGAUGACUGAGGUCAUGAGCCGUGAAGAGGCCAUGAAGUUUCAAAAGAUUGAGAUCAUAUCCAAUUGGGCGUCUGCGACAGGCAUGAUUUCUGCCAAGACUGUGCACGCCAACCGCCACCACUCUGCGCACACUGACAAUGUGCUGGUCACGUCCGGGCGACAGCCAUACGGAACGGUUACGGAGGUUCGAAGAGGUCUGGAGGGCAGAGUAUCUGCGCGAGUACCUUUUGAACCGUUAAGGAGUGUCACCGACCUGUGGGCCAUCCCAGACCGAUCAAUGGGCUUUGCAGUCACUGUGCUGUCGUCACCAAUGGGUACAAGACUUUUACGGAUCGACGGCGAUGGCGAAAACGUUGUCGAAAUUGAGAGCUUGACGGCUUUCGACCUGGACAAGCCAACAAUCACGGCUGGACACAUUGCUAGUGGGCAGCUGGUUCAAGUCACUGAGCAUGGGUUUUGCGUGACGGAUGACAUACAGGGCAACUUCGAAAACACAAAAAUUAUGCUGUGCGAAGGUGAUUCGAAGAUUGCUGCCGCUGCAAUUGUCUACGAGAUCAACACUCUCGUCACGGCGGAAGAAGAUGGAGGCAAAUUCCAGGUACGCUGCUACAGCGUAAGUUCCGACAACGAGCCAGACAUUCAGCUGCAAGCUUCUGUAUUCGUCCCGUCAAAGAUUCUAGGCAUUGCAGCUAUGGGGGCUGGUGAUGAUCUUCUGGUCGCGGCAUCUACUGCCGAAGGCGCUGUGACUGCCAUCUUCUUCGGCAAAGACUCGCCCCCAAGAACAUUCACGCAAGCACUGCCACAAUUUCCUGAGACUACUGAUACACCCAGCGUGUGCGAUCAUGUCGCUCUUCUUCAAGCCGGCAUUGGCGACGAGGAAUCACCAGACUUCCUGGUUGCGUGCGGCUUGAGAGAUGGACGAAUCGUCACCUUUGUCAUUGACUUCGAGUCGACCCAACCUCUCGUCCCAAAAGAUGUUAUUACAUUCAGAGACAGCACAGUCAAGCUAGUGCCACUCAACACCAAAAACGCUGUAUAUGCUUUGAACGGCACCGACAUCUGCCUGCUCUCCUGGGAUGGCACCACGGUCUCGCUUGAGAACAUCUGGAUUGCAGACAAAGCCUAUCCAGAGAUGGCGCAACCAUCGGCCGUCGCCUGUGCUCAAACGCCAAUGGCUAUGUGGCUUUCGUCUAGCAUGCUUGCUGACUCACUUGCAAUAGCUUCGGAAGAGGAGUUGUUCUUUGCUGCCGUGCAACCAUUGACCACGAACGUGCCGCGACAGAUCUCCGUCGAAGGCACGCCCAACCGUCUAAUACAUGCCGAAUCCCUCCGCAACAUCGUCUGUUCAUCGCUCUAUGCAGGCGUGCGGACUUUCCCCUCGUCGAAACCCCACACCUCUCGCGAAGAACGGCGGCAACUAUGGCCCGUUAUCAACUUCAUCCCAAGCAACAGGAGCGAAGAGGUUUCCUACCAGCACCACAUGCAGCCUGGAGAUCGAGUGAAUGCGCUACUUGAAUGGUCCUACAAGGCCCGUCAGAGCAGUAAAACGUACUCAUUCAUCCUGGUCGGAGGCAAAAACAGGCGGCGCAGUGGGCAGAUCCAGGGACGAGUGACGUUCCUUCAGCUGGUCCUCCGGAACUGGAGAGUCGAGAGCGUCUCACAAAGAUAUACGCUGGAAUUUCCCGCUGAAGUGUAUGCCUUGGCUCGGUUGGACGACGCAACGAUUGUGGUAUGUGCUGGAGAGCUGGUCUACAGCUACACGUAUCGAGAGGAGCAAAGUGAGUGGCAAUGCGUGCGAACGUCUGGCGCGCAGGACGGAGUCAGAUUGGCCAGUCCUGGAGUCUAUGCCACUGUCGAGAGCGGGGAUGACUCUUCAAGUGUGGCCAUUUCCACAGCCAGCGACUCACUCGUCGUACUCAACGGCCCUUCCGGCGAGAUCGAGGCCAUGGGGCCGCAUGCCCAAGACCUGCUCUGCCACCAUGUCAUCACAGGCGAUUCCACGAGAAGACUCGCACUGGUAUCGACAAAGCACGCGGAAAUCUCAGGCCUAUCGUGGUCACCCAUCGGAAAUCGCAACCAAUCCGCCCAACUCCAAUUCACCGCCCAGCUGCGCCACUCUCUCACUCGUCUAGUCCAAUCGACGCCUCCACCCCGCAAAGGCUCGCCUCCUGAAGGGAUUAUGCACGACAGAAUCAUCGGCUGCGCCACAGACGGCGCCCUCGUCGGCAUCGUGCUCAUCGACAGCAGUCUCUGGAGACGACUCUCAUGGCUCCAACGCCUGAUAGAAUGGAGUCCCGUCCUCUCACCCCACGCCCAACAAACACCCCUCUACGACCGCACCGGUAACGAAAGCGGCAUCGCCUACCCCGAACGAGGAAUGCCAAUCGGAUUGACAGCCCAUCAAACCAAUAACCUCGUCCCCCUACAAGCUCGAAACCGCAAAGAAAACGACCUGCACAUCGACGGCGAUGUCUUGAGCCGGGUUCUGGAGAGCAGAUAUGGGAUUCAGGAAGUGAGGAAUGUGAUGACCGUGCUGGCGUCGGAGACGGAGCAUGCGGUGGGGAAGUGGAUGAUGGAGCAUUUGGAUGAGGAAAUGGAGGCGCUGGAGGAGGUUGUGGGGGUUGUGAGGGGGUUGGAUGGGUGGGUUUCGUGA